GUUUUCCUGGACCAGUCGGAGCCUGCGAAGGCCUGCACGCAGUGUCGUGCGGCGCUCGAACUCCCCUUCGAGAUGCCUGUGCCGCUCAAAGCCAAAAUCUUCUACAGGUAUGGCAGCGCCAAGGCCAUGCUUAACAGCUUCGACGACGCUCGGCGCUACUUCCUCCUCACGCAGAAACUCCAACCAAACUUGCCCAGCAUCGCCAAAAACUUGGAAAAUCUCAAUAUUGCCCAGCGAAAGUACGAUGCACAGGAGAAAUUUAUGAUCAAGAAAAUGUUUGGUUUCAUGGUUGAAUCGUCGGAUAGAAAGCAUGCCGACAAGCGUCUUGUUUCUGCUACGAAAUCCAACGAAAAGACCAGUUUCCAGAAGCGCUGCACCAUACAAGGUAACGUCACAAUUACUGAGCUGGAAUCCGGCCAAGAGAGUUUUGUCGAACUUCCGGAUUUCUCUUCUGUUGCUGGCCCCAACAACUCGGCGUGUGAUGAGACUCCCCAGGCAUUGGCACCUGCCCCUGACCCCAUAAAGUCGGUGUGUGACGAGACUUCACAGAGAUCAGUAUCAGACCCUUGCCAGUACCCCGCAAACAUCAAACCUGAGUUUAUUGACAUCGUCUUGAAUGAGUUGUCUCGUCUAACGUGUGGCCCCAAGCCUCCGCAAGAAAUUGUAUUCCCAGCGAACCUGUGCUCUGACGAGCUGUCUUUCCUGGCAAGCAUGGCGGCCGACCGCGGCUGUCGCUUGGACAUCGCUCGCAGGGGCGCCGUGCGCUGCCUUAAAGUCGUGCGCCUGGCAGCGACGGCGGUACAGUGAUGCGCAUAUAUUCCUGGGCCUAUACUUUCAAAAAAGUUAAGAGAGCGUAAGUUCAUGAGCCAA